CAGAUGAUUUUUGUUGCUCGUUUGUUCACGACGGUGAUCUGAACUGAAUGACUUCUUCGUAUGGACAAAAAAAAUACAGCACGGGAAUUUUUUUUUAUUCUGGAAUCGCUUUAAGAGCUAAAUUUAGCUAAAGAGCUAAGGAGAUUAAAAAAGAAGAAGCGGAUUGCGGAACUGUUUUGCACUUGGACUGAGUUUAAGUCGGACUUCUUUUGUUGUAACAUUAAGGACCAGCUCUCUACAAAUCCAUUUUUGUGAUGCGUGCUAACUUGGAAUAGAGUUAAAAUAUAUUGAAUUAUACAUUAGACUCCUAAAUGUACUUUUAAUGUCGAAAAAAAUAGAUAAACGCACUGAUUAGAAAUAUUUAAGGUUUAUAUCGUCAAAGAUAACGCUGCUUAUAUUAUUUUACUUCCGGUUCCGGUUUUGUGUUUCUAGGGUGUUUUGGUUUCUAUGCUGAAACUGCGUGUGUUUAAAUAACGGAUUACUGAAACUUUUUAGGAUAAACCGUUUUAAGGUAAAUCUAUAGACAAGAUGCAGCGACCACAUUUCCGAGCUCCGUAUCCAGCAGCUGGUUCGAGAGGCGGAGGAUUCCGGACUCCUCCGCCCGCUUUGGAUAGGGCAGGAGGCGGCAGGUUCCCUUCGCCUCCGUGGGCUUUUCCGAACGGGCCGUAUGGACCCAGAUUCGGGUCGUAUGGCGGUUCUCCGGUGUCACACACCUCGCCAAGGGAGUUUAGCAGUAAUAGAGGCGGGAUAUAUCACACCAAAUCCGCAGGACACACACCGUACAGACCGAACAGUAGUCCUACAUCCAGACACUCGCCUUACCAGAGUCCCGGAGCUCACAGCAGAUAUCAGGGUUCUCCAAGGACAUCCACGCCACACGACAGGGACAGAGGCACAAACAAUAUGGAUAAGUAUUACAAAGCGUCCAUGCUCCAGGACCCAUGGGCUAAUCUUCAGCCUGUGUCAGUGACCCAGACUCAGUCCAAAUGCAGCUUCCAGCAGGCUACACACACAGGCAGCACAGGGAGGUACUACAACAAAAACUAAAUUGCUUAAGCAAAGACUUUUUGUUGCCAGCUCUGCAGUUGUUCAGAGUUUGGACACAAAAACCUGGACUCGGAUUCACCAGCAGCAGUACCACCUCCCAUGCUCACUGUUUACAGCAUUUUCUUUUUAGAUUUUAUAUCCCGGGGAUCGCUACCCUGUUGUACUUUUUUUUGUACGUUUUAAUUUAAGUAUAGGAUCCGAACAUGCACAAGAGCGGUUGUGCUUUACCUCCUCAAACAUUCAUUUCAUCAGCUUCUAAACCGGAUUUAUUAGCUUCUUAAUGCAGUGCUUUCACUUCACACUAAAAUGUGUGUUGAAUCAGGAAAAAAAAACACAACAUGCAUCUGAGCGUCCUUUUUAGGGAAUUAUUCUGGAUAAAUAAUCAUUGCCUGUGUGUGUACACAGCAUUAAGAGGUCUAAUCUACCUCUGACCCGAUGCUGUUAACAAACUCAACCAGCACAACCUUUUUCUAGACAUUAUAUUCUAAUUUUGUACAUUUGUCAAAUUUUCUUGACUUUUUAUCUUUAAUUUUAGUUCUGACCUGUUAAUUUUUUGUUUUGUUUUGUUUUUUAACACAUUCUCAGGAUUUCCUAAAUGCUUUGGUACCUCACUCGAGAUACUCUUAACUAAGUUUGAAAUGAGAAUAUUUGGUGAAAAAAGAUUAUAUUUAAACCCUUUGAUGUUUUUCCUCUGUGAUGUGAUUUACUGAUUCGGAGGCAUCUUUUAUGUUCCAGUCAAAAAUGACAAAUGAAUCCUAAAAUUUUAUAUCUUAAAAUAAUUUUUUUAAAUGAGACUCGAUUUCUUUCUGUAAAUUUUCACCAGUUGUAAAUAUAUUUCAUGAUGUCAUGCAAAACAUCUGACUCUUUCGGAUAUGCAAGAACGAUAACAUCUACAUAAAAUUAUUAAAAAAUCUUGUGUAUUUUUUUAUAUUUUUUGGCUUUGGAUUAGACAGAUACAUUACACAACAUUUCAGAACAAAAAGUACUCAAGGGCUUCAGCAGAGCACAGUGUUUCAGCAUCAUUACUCCCGUGUACCAGAAAUCAAAAAGCGAUCAGUUAUUAUGCUACAAAAAAGAUCAAGCCACAGGUUAGAGGAAUAAUCCACGCUGACGUGAUAACAGCACUCACGGUACAGGACACGAGCAUCUGCAUCGUUCGAAGAAAGACCGGGCUGUACAUCGCAUGACGCAUGUCAUCAUAUGUUACACAGAUAAACUUUCUUAGAAAACCAGAGCGGCCUGCUGAGCAUAGCAUCAGAUGAGGAUGUUCUGAGCUUGUCCUUUCUUUAAUUUGUAAGAAGCUAAAGUGAUGCUACUUUGAAAGCUUGCACACAAUUUUGGAAUAGAAGAAAACAGCCCUUUAUAUUACAGAAGUAAAAGAAACAAAAUCAUAUAACAUACACUUUAAGAAAAUAUGAGUUCAUGGAAAUGGUGAAUAAAUAAAAAAAAAGACAAAAAUAUCA